AUGGCGUCGCUCCUUUUCGGAGCCUGGGCGGCCUUGGCUUUGGGCCUCGGAAGUUUGCCGCUGGCCUCUGCUCAGAUUCAGGGCCUCAGCCUCAAGCGCGACAAGUUGCUGAAGGUGGUCGCCGAAGUCAACCCUCCAGUUUUGGACGUUUCAGACGGCCUCAAGACAUUUUGUGAGCAGAAGCUCGACCAUUUCGACAGCGACAGCACGAAAACCUGGUGCCAGCGCUACACGACAAACAGGACGUACUGGAAAGCAGGCGGGCCAGUCUUCGUCUGCAUCGAUGGGGAAGACUAUCCGUGGGGAGGAUCUCGGAAGCCGUACACCCUCAUGUGCAACAACAUGAUGGAGUUGGCCAAAGAGUUCCAUGCAAUGGGAAUGGCUGUGGAGCACCGCUACUACGGGGGAGCGGCUUUUGAUGGUGUUCCGGACUUCUCAGCAGCCAACCUCAAGUAUCAUUCUUCAAGACAGGCCCUGGCGGACCUUGCCGCAAUCCACGAUUACAUC